UUAAACUUCCUUUCCAAUAUGCGCUUCACACUCCAUUUCAGUAGGUGGCGGGAAUGCACCUUUUAAGUUGGUUUGCCAACCGCCAUAAAAUCCUAGAAGAAGAAGAAGAAGAAGAAGAAGAGCAUUUUGGCCAAUUGGGGACUGCGCAAGUUUUCCAGCACGAACGUGGUGGUGGUUCAAGAGGUUGCCACUCUCUGACUCUGAUCAUGAAUCGCCCGGAGGAACAGAUACUUCUAGAUCAUAUAUGGGAAAGACUUCGCUCACGUUUGGAGCAUGCACUUGCCAGGAUGCCUGUGGAUUUGGACUUCUUAGAAUUUAUCUGUGUUCAGGAGUUGGUGUUCCUCAGUGCCGUAUCCCCCCAGGUCAUCAUUCCUGUUGAUAUAUGGGAAGGUUUGACUGGUCUGCAUCAUGCAAUUACUUCAGAAAGACAAAGAAAUGAGACACAUGUUGUGACAGCGCACUUUGAACAAGGUAGUUGUGGACGACCAAAAGCAGUCAUUGGUUGUGAAUAUCUCACCAGUUUGCUUGAGAUGAACUUACCAGUGAGGUGUAUUGCCUCUCUUCUGGGGGUAUCUGAACGGACUGUACAUAGACGACUGGCAGAGUUCAACCUAUCAGUUAGGUCACUGUACAGCUCACUAACAGACAGUGAACUAGACACAUUAGUGUCUUCUAUUAAGUCCAGAAUGCCAAACUCUGGGUACAGGAUGGUGAAGGGAGCUUUGAAAGCUGAAGGGCACAAGGUACAAUAUGAGCGGGUGAGGGCAUCACUUCAUCGAGUGGACAUACUGGGAGUUUUAUCCAGGAUGACAGAGCUGGGUUGUGUUGUACGGAGGAGAUAUUCAGUCCCAGGUCCCAAAUCAUUGAUGCACAUUGACAGUAAUCACAAAUUAAUAAGGUAUAACAUUGUCUUGUUUGGAGGGGUGGACGGCUUUUCGUGAAAGAUAAUGUACCUUGGUGCUGCCACAAACAAUACAGCAUUAACUGCACUGACCUUCUUCCAAGAAUCUGUGGAAAGAUAUGGCUUCCCUCUCAGGGUCAGAGGGGACCAUGGAGUUGAGAAUGUGGAUAUUGCACGUUUAAUGUUCACAAUUCGUGGCACAGGGAGAAGCAGUUUCAUUUCAGGAAAAAGUGUCCACAACCAAAGAAUAGAGAGACUGUGGAGAGAUGUGUGGACUGCAGUGACCAGUGUGUACUAUGAUGUGCUACACUAUCUUGAGGAGGACAACUACCUUAAUAUUGCAGACCAAACACAUCUCUUCUGUUGCCACUAUACAUUCCUGCCAAGGCUACAAGAUGAUCUAAACUUUUUCCGAGAUGGGUGGGAUAAUCACCCUUUGAGAACAGAACAUAGCAUGUCUCCAAACCAGCUCUGGGAAUUGGGUCAAAUUCACUAUCAAGUUGAUGAUCCCCCAAACGAAGAGGAAAUGAACAUUGCCGAGAUUGAUUGGGAAAGCAGUGGGCUGCCUCCUGAUGAAAGCGUUGGUGUUAACGUGCCCACUGUACAAUGUCCACUUACACCAGAGCAACUUACUGCACUGAAGGACACAGUGGAUCCUAGGUCACCAUCACAAUCCUAUGGGAUAGACAUUUACAUGGCUGCAGUGCAGUUUUGCCAAGCACUUGAGUAAUGACACAUUAACUGCUGAAACAAUUUGAAUUUAUUUGGUGGAUAAUAAGAUUACAUGUGUAUUUUUGAAUACAUAGAAAUAUGGAUUGCUAAAUUGCUUUAGAGCAGGUGUGUUAACUAUUGCAUGGGUUUUUACCCUUCUCCAAAAUAAAACGGCAAUAAUACAUGAACGUAUUACUUUAACUGCUGAACCAAUUUGAAUUUGAUGGAUAAUUAAACCAUAAGAUUACAUGUGUCUUUUUUUGAAUACAUAGAGAUAUUGAUUGCUAAAUUGCAGGUGUGUUAACUAUUGCAUGGGUUUUUACCCUUCUCCAA